AUGGUCUCAGUUUGCUUGAUAUUGCUUUCAAAGCACCCUGUAUAUCCCAUGGAUAGUCUGGCGAUUUCACCGGACGCUGUGUGGUAUUUUGGGGAAAUCAGCCGAGAGAAAACAAACGAGAUCCUUCUUAACCAACCAGUUGGCACCUUUUUAAUUCGUGAUUCUUCAACAACGUCUGGUUAUGUUUUGUCUAUAAAGGAGGUUACCAAAGUAGUUCGCUAUUUAAUUAACUAUUCUAAAGAGGCAAAAGAAUUCACUUUUGGUAACAUAAAAUUCGAGUCCCUGGAAGCUGUUCUGGAGUACUAUUCACAGGGACGGUCGUCCGCCUGCUUUUUGGUUAAGCCAGCUCCUAAGGAAAGACUACUCGCUUUGUACGAUUUUGCGGGAGAGAAGAAGGAAGACUUGCCUCUGUCCAAGGGUGAUAUGGUGGCAUUCAUUAUUCAAAGGAAGGAUUGGAUUUUAUGUUCGCUCAGCGAUGGUCGAAGGGGAUGGGUGCCUGCCAAUCAUUUGGCUCCUUACAAAGCGGAACUACUAGCAAGCCUGAAGGUCGCUAGUGAAAAUCUGAACACCAUGUCCUAUUGCAGUCUUUGCGGAAUCCUCGGAGUUCCUGUUGAUGCCAAGGUUGUACGCUCGCGGCAACCCUCUAUAUUUCAGGCCAACCAAUUGGAAAUCCAGGAAGGCGAUGCAGUUCGUGUAGAACGCGUUCAUACUGACGGGAAUUGUGAAAUAUGGCAUGAACGGUUGCAGUGUCGCGGUCUUGCACCUAUCAACUAUCUUCAAUUCGAACCGGCUUAA